AUGGAAAAGAUAUUUGACCAAGGCACAUUUGACCAAGGCACAUUUGACCAAGGCACAUUUGACCAAGGCACAUUUGAUCAAGGCACAUUUGACCAAGGCAGAUUUGACCAAGGCACAUUUGACCAAGGCACAUUUGACCAAGGCACAUUUGACCAAGGCACAUUUGACCAAGGCACAUUUGAUCAAGGCACAUUUGACCAAGGCACAUUUGACCAAGGCACAUUUGACCAAGGCAGAUUUGACCAAGGCACAUUUGACCAAGGCACAUUUGACCAAGGCACAUUUGACCAAGGCACAUUUGACCAAGGCACAUUUGGCCAAGGCACAUUUGACCAAAGCACAUUUGACCAAGGCACAUUUGACCAAGGCACAUUUGACCAAAGCACAUUUGACCAAGGCACAUUUGACCAAGGCACAUUUGACCAAGGCACAUUUGACCAAGGCACAUUUGACCAAGGCACAUUUGACCAAGGAACAUUUGACCAAGGCACAUUUGACCAAGGCACAUUUGACCAAGGCACAUUUGACCAAGGCACAUUUGACCAAGGAACAUUUGACCAAGGCACAUUUGACCAAGGCACAUUUGAUCAAGGCACGUUUGACCAAGGCACGUUUGACCAAGGCACGUUUGACCAAGGCACGUUUGACCAAGGCACAUUUGACCAAGGCACAUUUGACCAAGGCACAUUUGACCAAGGCACAUUUGACCAAGGCACAUUUGACCAAGGAACAUUUGACCAAGGCACAUUUGACCAAGGCACAUUUGACCAAGGCACAUUUGACCAAGGCACAUUUGACCAAGGAACAUUUGACCAAGGCACAUUUGACCAAAGCACAUUUGACCAAGGCACAUUUGACCAAAGCACAUUUGACCAAGGCACAUUUGACCAAGGCACAUUUGAACAAGGCACAUUUGACCAAGGCACAUUUGACCAAGGCACAUUUGACCCAGGCACAUUUGACCAAGGCCAGUAG